GCGGGGCCUGGGCCGGGUAGCUCCAAAGGCCGCGAUUUCACAUCGGAAACAAAACAGCGCUGCUCGGGAAGGAACCUCAGCUGCUAGAGGCCGGUGGUGGCGGCGAGGAAAGGAACCCCAAGAGGCUGUUUUCUGUGAAAAAGUAUUUCUAUACAGUUGCUCCAAUGACAGAGUUACCUGCACCCUUGUCCUACUUCCAGAAUGCACAGAUGUCCGAGGACAACCACCUAAGCAAUACUGUACGUAGCCAGAAUGACAAUAGAGAGCGGCAGGAGCACGGCAGUGAGAGGCGGAGGCAUGGCAACUCUGAGUCGUUAUCCAAUGGCCGAGCCCCCGGUAACUCGCAGCAGGUGGUGGAACAAGAGGAAGAGGAAGAUGAGGAGCUGACGUUGAAAUACGGCGCCAAACAUGUGAUCAUGCUCUUUGUCCCCGUGACUCUCUGUAUGGUGGUGGUCGUGGCCACCAUCAAAUCAGUCAGCUUUUAUACCCGGAAGGAUGGGCAGCUAAUCUAUACGCCAUUCACAGAAGACACCGAGACUGUGGGGCAGAGAGCCCUGCACUCAAUUCUGAAUGCUGCUAUCAUGAUCAGCGUCAUUGUCAUCAUGACUAUUCUCCUGGUGGUUCUAUAUAAAUACAGGUGCUAUAAGGUCAUCCAUGCCUGGCUUAUUAUUUCAUCCCUAUUGUUGCUGUUCUUUUUCUCAUUCAUUUACUUGGGGGAAGUGUUUAAAACCUAUAAUGUUGCCAUGGACUACAUUACAGUUGCACUCCUGAUCUGGAAUUUUGGUGUGGUGGGAAUGAUUGCCAUUCACUGGAAAGGUCCACUGAGACUCCAGCAGGCAUAUCUCAUUAUGAUCAGUGCCCUCAUGGCCCUGGUAUUUAUCAAGUACCUCCCAGAAUGGACUGCGUGGCUCAUCUUGGCUGUGAUUUCAGUAUAUGAUUUAGUGGCUGUUUUGUGUCCAAAAGGCCCACUUCGUAUGCUGGUUGAAACAGCUCAGGAGAGAAAUGAAACUCUCUUUCCGGCUCUUAUUUACUCUUCAACAAUGGUAUGGUUGGUGAAUAUGGCAGAAGGAGACCCAGAAGCCCAAAGGAAGGUAUCCAAAAACUCCAAUUAUAAUGCACAAAGCACAGAAAGUGAGUCACAAGACCCUGUGACAGAGAGUGAUGAUGGUGGCUUCAGCGAAGAGUGGGAAGCCCAGAGGGACAGUCGCCUGGGGCCUCAUCACUCUACGGCUGAGUCGCGAUCUGCUGUACAGGAUCUUUCCAGCAGCAUCCUGGCCAGUGACGACCCAGAGGAAAGGGGAGUAAAACUUGGAUUAGGAGAUUUCAUUUUCUACAGCGUUCUGGUUGGUAAAGCUUCUGCAACAGCCAGUGGAGACUGGAACACAACCAUAGCCUGUUUUGUAGCCAUAUUAAUUGGUUUGUGCCUUACAUUAUUGCUCCUCGCCAUUUUCAAGAAAGCAUUGCCAGCUCUUCCAAUCUCUAUCACCUUUGGGCUUGUUUUCUACUUUGCCACAGAUUAUCUUGUGCAACCCUUUAUGGACCAAUUAGCAUUCCAUCAGUUUUAUAUCUAGCAUAUUUGCAGUUAGAAUCUCAUGGAUUUUUCUCCUUUGACUAUAAUAAAAAUCUGGGGAGGACAAAGGUGAUUUUCCUGUGUCCACAUCUAACAAAGUCAAGAUUCCCAGCUGGACUUUUUGCAGCUUCCUUCCAAGUCUUCCUGACCACCUGCACUAUUGGGCGUUGGAAGGAGGUAUCUACAGAAAAUGGUUUUGAACAUGUCAUUGUGGUGGACUGAGUCCCCCAGUGCAGAAACUGCUGGGUUUGAGGGACAAGAACAAGGCAAAGUGAUGGGCCAGAAAGUUGCUGUGCUCCCACCAGCAGGUUGACCUUUGGUCACAGGUGGAUUUUACCAACGCUGCAGACUCUCAGGACUACCAUUACCAAGAGGUUAAAUGAAAUGGUUUAAACCAAACAGGACUCUUCAUCUUAAACUACAUGUUGAAAGUCAACCUAAUAAAUCUGUAUUGAAUUCUGAAACUUUUCGGGAGAUACUGUAAGGAGAGCAGGCACCAGAGCAAAAUGGACAGAUGGAAAGGGGCUCAAACUUUCAGAUUUUUUGCUGCAGACUUACCAUUUUAAAAUAAGACUUUUUUUCACCUGAGUCAAGUCAGAGGUGUAGGUUGAUUUUGACACUUCUUGUUCUCAAGCACUGAAGCUCAUUACCAUCUAUGGCUGCCAUUUCUUCCCAAGGCCAGUCUGAACUUAUUUGAGGUUGCUUUAUCUUAAAAGUCUUAACCUCAGGUUCCAAAUGCAGUCAUUUAUUUCUGGAAAGAGUGGAACUAUAACUCAACAAUUCCCUACUACCCUUGGGUAAAUUCUGGAUUUUCCACCAAAUUCCUAACUUUUAGGCAUACUUGUAGGUUCACUUGCCCCCAGGUCCCUCCCUCCUUCCGUCUCUCUCCCGGUACUCCCCUCACAAGCACUUCUCCUGUACAGCGAAUAAGACAGCUCUGUUGUGGAAGCAGGUGAUCCAGUUGUUCUAGGAUUUUGCCCUGUGUGUGGUGCAAAGAAUGUGUCAUGAGUCAAUGCUACCAGCCUUGCUGUCGUACUUUCUUAAAUAGCAAAUGCAAUGUGCCCAAAGACAGUAGGAUUAAAGAAGAGUAAGAUGGCUGGUGAAGCA